AUGGAGAGACACUAUCAGACGGAGGUUGGUGGUUGUGGUGGAAGAUUCAGCGAUGGACAAGACCAGGAUGGUGAAGGAUGGGAAGAAAGAGGAUUUGAAGAACGCGACUUCCAUAAUAGGAUCUCUGUUCUGAAAGUGGUUCCUGAGGCUCUCACUUUGUAUCCUCUGUACCCUAGGUGA